AUUCCCGGAAGUCUCGCGUUGUUGAGCCUCUGGACCAAGCAUUUCGCUAACUACAGAACCGUCCAUUUUGUUUCUGUUCUGUUGAGUUAGUUGGUCGUUGCAUGAAUCUCAAGCAAGGAAAUUAUAGGGGUGAGGAAAGAGGUCAGUAACGCUUGGGAUUUCUGAUCACAGAAGGAGCUGCAUGAAAGAUGAGUGAAAUCAAUGUGAAGAAACUCAAAGUCAACGAGCUGAAGGAGGAACUUCAGCUGCGAGGCCUGGAUACCCGUGGUCUGAAGGCGGAUCUUGUCUUGAGGUUGCAGUCGGCACUUGAGGCCGAGGCUGCAGGUGAAGGGGACGGGCAGCCGACAGCGGAAGUUGGGGAAGAGGCUGUUGGUCAACACGAUAUUGGCGGAGACGCUGGAGAUGGCGAUGACUGCUCAGAUGAAGUUGACGAUGAUCAGGAUGAAGAACACGAUAAGAACGAUGGAAUACAGUUUGUCACGAAGGCUGAAGCAGAACAAUUUGAUGAGGAGCAGGAUGAAGACAGUCGUGAUGAGUCACUGAACCCUGCAAUGGAAGGUGUUGUGGCUGAUUUAACAGAAAAUGUGAUGGAGCCGCAGAUUCCGCAGGAGUCUGUCAAAGUAAGAGCGUCACAGUUGUCCAUGUCAGAGCCACAAGUGCUAGAACCAGAGACGGAAGAUCCUGAGCCAGUGCAACCAGAACCUGUGAAACUAGAGCCACUGGAGUCUGCAACAAUCGAGCCUGAAGCAAAGCCUGCGGAGAUGCCUGCAAUUAAGUCAGAUGAGUUGAAAGAGGAGGAUGAACCCCUGCAGCCGAGGUUGAAGAACGAGGAACAGCAGCAGCCUAAGGCACCUCUUCCAGAGCCGGCCAACGAAUGGGAAGCCAUGGAAGCGGAGCAGGUGUCCCAUUCCAAGACUGAGGAUGAGCGAUCCAGCCGCAAGAGGCCACACGACGAAGGCCGAGGCUAUGGAUACUAUGAGCAUCGGGAGGAUAAAAGGGCACGUUCUCCCCAGCCCCCGGCAGAGGAAGAAGAAGAAGACUUUGAUGAUAGUCUUGUGGCUAUCGACACCUAUAACUGCGAUCUGCACUUCAAGGUAUCACGCGACCGGUAUAGUGGAUACCCGCUCACGAUUGAAGGAUUCGCGUACCUGUGGUCAGGUGCACGUGCUUCAUAUGGUGUUAACAAAGGCCGUGUCUGCUUUGAAGUGAAGAUCAAUGAGGAGAUCUGUGUGAAGCACCUUCCCAGCAGCGAGCCUGAUCCCCACGUAGUGCGUGUAGGCUGGUCCCUGGACACAUGCAACACACAGCUCGGUGAAGAAGCAUUCUCUUAUGGCUAUGGUGGAACUGGCAAGAAAUCUUCAAAUAGUAAAUUUGAGGAUUACGGGGAAAAGUUCAGUGAAAACGAUGUUAUUGGAUGCUACAUCAACUUCGAUAGCGCUAAGGAAGUGGAGAUGGCAUUCUCAAAGAAUGGCAAGUGGCUGGAUGUGGGUUUCCGUGUGUCACAUGAAGAGUUAGCUGAUAGGCCACUCUUCCCCCACGUUCUUGUAAAGAACUGUGCCAUUGAAUUCAACUUCGGCCAGAAAGAGGAGCCUUUCUUCCCCCUUCCUGAGGGAUACACCUUCCUUCAGAACGUCCCUCUAGAGAACAGGAUAAGGGGAACCAUAGGGCCUGCUACCAAGGCUGAUUGUGAGCUCUUGAUGAUGGUUGGGCUGCCUGCGUCAGGGAAAACCACAUGGGCCGUGAAGCACUCCGAGGAGCACCCUACAAAAAAAUUCAACAUCCUGGGCACCAAUGCCAUAAUGGAGAAGAUGAAGGUUAUGGGCCUGCGUCGUCAGAAGAACUAUGCAGGCCGCUGGGAUGUCCUGAUCCAGCAAGCCACCCAGUGUCUGAAUAGGCUGAUCCAGAUUGCUGCCCGCAAGAAGCGGAACUACAUCCUGGAUCAGACAAAUGUUUAUGGAUCAGCCCAGAGACGAAAAAUGCGUCCUUUUGAAGGGUUUCAACGCAAGGCUAUUGUAAUUUGUCCCACGGACGAGGAUUUAAAAGAGCGAACGUUAAAGCGAACUGAUGAGGAAGGGAAGGAUGUGCCCGAUCAUGCUGUAUUAGAAAUGAAAGCCAACUUUGUACUCCCAGAAGCCGGUGAGUUUCUUGAUGCGGUCACCUUCAUCGAGCUGCAGCGAGAAGAGGCUGACGCCCUGAUAAAGCAGUACAACGAAGAGGGCCGCAAGGCCGGUCCACCCCCAGACAAACGCUUCGACAACCGCCAGGGAGGUUUCCGUGGUCGUGGUGCACCGUUCCAGCGCUAUGACAACCGGGGUGGCUCCCAAGGAGGACGUGGGGGAUAUCAGAGUCGGGGUGGACCCCAAGGAGGCAACUUCAGAGGAGGGUUUAACCGUGGAGGCUUCCAGCACAACCGCUGGGGGGGUAACCGGGAUGGUGCGUCGGGAGGACAGCGCGGCUACAACCGCAGCCAGCCAACCGGAGGGAACUACAGUCAGCACCGCCAGGGACAGUAUAACAAGGGGUCGACUGGGAGUUACAGCCAAGGACAGCCACAGACAUACAACCAGGGCUACAAUCAAAGCUACAAUCAAAGCUACAAUCAGGGCAACUACAACCAGGCUUACAACUACGGCAGCUACAACCAGUACCCAGGCUACAGCCAGAGCUACAGCCAAACUCCUGCGGCUCCUGUCGCCGCCGCCGCUGCACCAGCCGCCACUGGACAGACUUACAACCAGCAGCAGCAGAACUACAACCAGCAGUAUCAACAGUAUGCACAGCAGUGGCAGCAGUAUUACCAGAACCAGAGCCAAUGGAAUCAGUACUACAACCAAUACGGCAACUAUGGCAACUACAGCCAGGGUUCCCAAGGUUCUCAGGGCACAUAGUAGGUUCAGCUGUACGAAUGAGGCGGAUCGUAUUCCCUCGGCAUCAUUCCAUUGCUUAUCCUGCCUGCACCUCAGCCUUUUUUCCACAUACAUCGUCUCCUUCAUGAUUUUCCUUUUCUGAUAGCUUACAUUUCAUGGUUUGUUUUAAGGGUCUAGUGAUUUUUCAUCCCUACCUUUGUUCAUGCCACUCCACACAAUUAACAUUUGUUUUUGCAUCAGGCCCUGCAAUCUUUUUAGAAACGUGCGUCGUCUUUUUCUUGCUGGCUGUAGACACUGGCCAUUUGAAAUGAGUAACAGUAGGUUAACAUGCACAUGUAGUACACUUUUCAGUGUUGUGCAGUGAAUGUUUUUAGAGCUCAUAAAAGGUAGUUGGGAUUUGCUUGUGUACAUUUCAAUAUGUUUUUAAGAGAGAUGGAAGAUUGUUGGAAAAAAUAGUUUUGUUAAUACUUAAUGUUUUUAGGUAUAGAUUUUGGAUCAGAUAACCAUACAUUUGAAAGAAAUUGGAAAAGUGUGGGCUAAUUCAUAUUUUUUUAAAAUUGUAAACCUUGAAUAGUUCUUGUUUUGAUUUAAUCCAUGAAUAUUUUGCUCAUAUUUAUUGAAAUUGCAGUCCUGAAGACAUUUUGAUUACUUUUUUCUAUAACCUGUAUAAAGAGAAAGUGAUUGUAAUGCAAUUUACCAACAUUUGUUUUACACCAUUUAAAACAAUGUAACUGCAGUGCUCAUGUUGUCCCCUACAAGUUGUUUUUCCAAUCUUGUGAUCAUUAACUAGUUUCAGGUGUGGUUGUAAAACGUUUUUAUACCGUAUACCAUGUAUGUAAAACAGUAUUUGCAUGUGGUUCUGUGUUAAAUCAAAAUGUACUCUUUUUGUAUUUGAGAAUAUAAUCUUAAAAUUCUU